GCGUUUGUCUUAAUUUAUGCCAUCAAUGAUAAGAACUCAUAUGUAAUUGUCGAUCACAUCAAGAAAGCCAUUGAUAGACAUAAAGACAAAAGAGAUAUGCCAAUCGUAACGAUUGGCACAAAAGUGGACAGAUUUCGGGAACGAGAAGUGGAUUUCGACGAAUCUCAGGGUUGGGCUCAACGGGAAAAGACCCGUCUGUUUGAAGUGACGGCCACUGAACGCAAAUCAUUGAUUGAGCCGUUUGUCUAUUUGGCUUCAAAGCUUAAUCCACCACAAAAUAAGACAACUUUCCCUCAAUUACACAGAAAAAACAAAAGCGGAAACAUUUUGGGUUCACUUGAGUUAUAG